AUGGACGAAGCCUUUGAAUUGGGACCUUCAUAUCAAUCUGGAGGGAGAAGCACGCAUUCCCUUCCAUAUAUCAUGCGCGCAUCUCCCACCCAUCGUGAUGAGGCUGAGAAGCUCUUUUGGGCAGACCCGGAAACGUACUAUAUCAUUGAAUCGCCCUGGCUCCUCUCAGGAGGCUUUCCCGCCGACACAGGAAAUACAUUCUCCUUCUUCCCUAAAGUGCAGAACUUGGAAGUCACUUUUAUGUCCGAGCGUGACCUGAUCCGGUGCAAUGACGACGACUUCGAGAUUCGCUGGGAUGAAGUAAGGAAAUUCUGGAAUGUUUUGCAGGAAAGGUUCCCGAGUGUGAAACAUGUGGUCCUAAAUCACUCGCAUGAGAGCCCCGAGAGGUUUCGUGACGACCAUUCUGUCUCGAUUGCUUUGAGAGCCCUGAUGCGGACUUGUCCACAGAGUCUCGAUGCUCGCAUUUUGAUCGUUGACGAUGCACAAAGCGUGAAGAACAGGAGAGCCAUCGACGGUGAAGAGCUCAUGUGGGAAAGACCUUUAUACCAAUACGGGGCGGAUGGACAGUGGAAGAAACUAGCACCAUACUGGCAGCGAACGACGAUUCUCAUGCCCUUGAAAGGUUUCCGCGGGCCUGCGGGCCUGUUCGAAUCGGAACGAUAUCAAGGCAAACGCCUGUGGUAUCAAUUAAUUGCUGUCGAUGUCCUUGCGAUCGAAGCACUGGAUCGGUACCACUUUGAUGAGGGUCGGUCGAUCCCUUUCGACUGCCCGGUAGUCGAUUGCGACGCACACUUCGACAAAGCUGGGCAGUGGAUGUUGCAUUCGAUAACCCAUGAUAUUAAGCAAAUGGAUUGGCAUUGGGUCAAUGUUCUGCCUGGGGAAGUCAGGUCAGUCUUUGACGCACGCAAGAAAGACCUGGCAGAGAAGCGGGAGCGCACAAAUGGAUCGGUUGGAUUACACGAGCUAUACAACAACCGGGGCAGCGAAGAAAGGAUGGAGCUGGAGAAGGCAAUGAUUCAUCAAUUAGAGAAUGAUGAAGACUGGUAUACGGGCCAGCAGGAUGUCAGAGAAAGUACGCUGUACGAAAACUUUGAGGCGGAGAUGACUCCAUGGUGUUGUGAGGAUGACACUGGUUUGUUGGGAAGUGCAAACCUUGGUAUAUCGCAAGUUCAACCGACACAAAAAGGCGGCCACUCGUCUUCUACUCUUCUUUCCCCCGUUCAAACAACAUUCUUCCAAUAUGAAUCCUUCCUCCUUUCAAGUACGCUACUGGGCUUUGCUCGAGCAGAAUUCAUCCUAUGGCCCGCCAGAAUACCAGUCCCAAUAUUCCUCCUCGACUACUGGCCAGUCUCGGCAUUCACUGGCCUUUCGGGGGUUCUAUACGGCAAUUACAGGGAAAAGAAGGUCGCGACUGCGAUUCUUACCGAAAGACGAGAACGAAUCGGGCGAGAUAUAGAACGAAUCAGGCGAGAUAUUGAAGGAGUCAAGGGAGAUAUGGAAGUGCUCGAGGAGCUCGAGAGGAUUCUUGGGUGGUGGACGAAGUAGCCUUCGACUAAGCCAGUCAAUCAUUUUCAUCAGGAUGC